AUGUCAUUAUACGAAUCAACACCACGCUUGGAUCUUCCAUCCCUACCGAAUUUCAAGCAGUUAUCAAAGACGGUUUGGAGAGUCCUUGGUUUGAAUCCUGGCAAGUUUACUCUGCAAGGCACAAAUACGUACAUUGUUGGCUCGGGAAAACGUAAAAUACUCAUUGAUUGUGGUGACGGCCAGCCAGACUAUCUACCACUCUUGAUGCAUUCCCUCAAAUCGAUAGAUCCCGAUGCUUAUAUAUCAGAUAUUCUUAUCAGUCAUUGUCAUACAGACCAUUGUGGAGGAUUGAAAGAUAUACUAUCAUCUGAAAUCAAUCGUCCGCCAUUGGACACAUCAUCCUCUUUCAUAAGUAGCAGGCAGUACCAGCAGCAGCAGUUUAUAAAUAUCCACAAGUACCCAUUAGACACAGAUAAAGGCUGGUACAAGGUGUUUUGGGAAAGCCUGAAAGAACUUCCUGAUGAUACCACAUUUUCCGAUCUAAAAGAUAACCAAGUCUUUACUCUCAGAAACGAAAAAGACAAAGACAGCCCUCCAUUGCAUAUUCGCGUGAUGCACACACCCGGUCACGCUAAAGACCAUUGCGCCUUCUACCUCGAGGAGGAAGACAUUUUGUUUACAGGAGAUUGUAUUCUGGGGCAUGGGUCUGUUGCCUUCGAAGACCUCCACGACUACAUGAAGAGUUUACAAAGAAUGGAAAAGUUGCAACCCGCUCGUCUGUUCCCCGGACAUGGAGACGUCGUAGAGGACUCCAUCCAAAAAAUACAUCAAUAUAUAGCAGCAAGAAGGGUCAAAGAGAACCAGAUUCUAGAUAUAUUGAGACAGGACGUAAGGGUUCAUUGGACACCGAUUGAAUUGGUUGAAUUCAUGUCUUCCAAUGGUAGUCAUAGUAGUAGUAGCCAUAGUCAAAGUAGCAGGAAAAGAGAAUACAGCGAACCAUUAGCGGCAGUAGCUGUACGCAACGUGGGAUUACAUCUUAUUAAACUGUAUUUUGAUGGGAAAGUGGAGUUGACCAACCUCGCUGAUUACAGAAAAAGACAUGGAAAGGACUUGGAUCCUUAUCAUUCAGAAAACGUAUAUACUAUUAUGAAUGAAAAAUGGAGAUACAUCGACACAAAUGAACACAACAAUAGCAAAUUAUAA